AAGCUCUCUCGCUAUGGCAAAGGAUUGUUCUGAAGCUGUUUUAAUCAUGAUGUGGCACAGUGGAAUUCUUUACUGACUUAUAUUUAGGCGGCUGCUUGGACUUUUGCUGCUCUGUGGAAAGCCUUUGCCUAGGAGAACAACCCACGAAUUUGAUUAAGCCAGUUCAGCUCAUCUUUUCUUUUCUUUUCCUUUCAAUCCUACCUACUGAGGAGGUUGGGGUGAAAGAUCCUUUCAUUCAUACUUGACUCUGUUCUUCGAAAUGCCGUUUUGCUGUCUUUUCCUCUCACCGGGUGUGGAUUGAGCUCCUUUUUGUAGUAAAAAUAAGUGCAGCCUCCAACAUCUUCACUCUAGAAAAUCAGCUAACUUUUGAGUAACUCCCUUCAAUCUUCAUAUUCUGAUUAUAUCUACUGUGCUAAAAUGGCACAAAAGAGUGAAUACAGCCCAUUGACUGGAUGGAUACAUUGGUUUUCUAUAUACUAAAUGCAUACAACUUGCUAAAUGUGUGCUCGGAAUAAUUCUAACUGGACUAGCCUGUGGUAUGUCUGGCUGAUUCUACUGACAGUGUUCAUGCUCCUGCUAUGUGGCAUCACAGCGAGCUGCGUGAAGUUCUGCUGCCGGAAGAAGAGACCCCCAGUUCAAACCUUCCCUAGACGCCCCUAUGAUAUGACAGUCAUUGCCGUUGAUGGCGAUAGCACCGCCCACAGCACUGUGACCUCGUACAGCUCUUUCCAGUACCCCCAGAGCGCUCCACUUCCACUUCCAUUUGGGGAUAUGGAUAGGAGCACCAUGUCUCCCCCAGCCUACAGCCUCUAUGCAAUGGAGUUGCCACCCUCAUAUGAUGAGGCCAUCAAAAUGGCUAAGCCCUACAUCGAGACAGUGUUGGUGGGCCAGAAGCUCAAUGACAUCCUUGAGCCGGUGGCACCAGAAGAGCCAAAUCAGCAUCAAGGUUCAUCUGCUCCUGUGGCCAGUGAACCGGAGACACAGCCAAGUUCAGAAGAACCACAAGUUGAAGCACAAGGCCAACCUCAGCUCUAGCCCAUUUAGAGGGAAGAUAGAGCAAUACAAGGACCUUGAGAUGUACUAAAGACAUUAAAAGUUUGAUCUUAUAUGCAAGUAACCAUGGGAAGAUGCCUAAUCUGAGGUCCCUAGCAAUGAUCUGUCAUGUGGGAGGAAUGUUUCCUGCAAUUGCAGUAAUCUUUUGUUGACGCUUCUAGGGUAUUAAAUGAAAUAGGAGGACAGCAGUUUAAAAAUACCCUGUAUGGGUGAUACAUGGAUGCUAGCUUGUGUCCUGCCAAUGAAAAAUAAUCCCUUGUACUGAUAUAGCAAUGAAAAGGGCAGGGGCAUGGUUCUGCGAUAGCGACACCUUCAUUAGAUGCCAGAAUGACGCAAACAGUGCAUUGUUCCUGAACAGAAGAUGGAGGUUUCCCAAACUUGAGACAGAAAUGGAGUCUUGAGCAAGUGCAAAUUCAAGAGCUUCUAUAGCUUGUCUCUUCUUUUGAGAAGGUUAACUGUCCAGCAAAUUGCUGAAGCACUGAACUCGUUGCUACGUAACGGUGAAUGUUCUUUAAACUGAAGGAAAAUGGCACCCCAGGACUCUACUAUAGUUCAUGAAUUGAAAUGCACAUUGUUAUUUCCACAGUGAUGGGGAGAGACAAGGGAAAAGACAUUUAGGAGACCCGAAUCAUUAAAAAAACCCAUCAUUGUCAGUUACAGUGCAAAUUAGCCUCCAGGAGAAACUUCUGUACAUGGUUUGGUAUUAUUAAAAUAUUUCAAGUAUUCAUGCUUUUUGCUGACUGAACCCAAUGGGUUUGAAAAACUAAAUGAUCUGGUAAACAUUGAAUGCCUUGUCAGCACAAAAAGUCGGUAGUAUGAAUUUCAGAAAAAGUUAAAAGUUAAAACUGCAGCGCUUGACCUUAUGGGAUUUUUAUUUUAUAUUUCAUUGAUUUUUUUUUUUAAACUAUAAAUAAAAUUUUAACCUUUUAAAGCAAA